AUGCAGGAGAAACAGAGUACAAGUGUCAAGCAGUCAGGAGAAACAAGACCUAAACCAGUGGCAUCCAUAAAUCCUGAUAAUCAGGUGUUCAGUGGAGAGACCGUCACUCUGAGAUGUGACAUACAGGAUGAAAGUGUCUCUAUCUGGCAGUACAGCUGGUAUAAAGAUGCUUCACACAGUCCUGUCAGUAGUGGACAGGUGUACAGAAUCAGUGGUGUUGAAGUGACCCACACAGGUAAAUACACCUGUAGAGGAGCAGAGAGAGGAGGUUCACGCUCCUCACACUCCAGUGAUGCUGUUACACUGACUGUAUCAGCAAAACCCAAACCGACUGUGAGAGUGAAUCCUCAGAGCUCCGUCUACACUGGAGACACCGUCACUCUGAGCUGUGAUCUGCAGCAGGGGACUGGAUGGGGGUUUCAGUGGUACAAAAAUAAUCAGCUGUUACAGCCUCCAACCAGAGAACAAACGAACACACUUAAAGUGACCAUAAAUGAUGCAGGAGAAACAAAUUAUCAGUGCCGAGCACACAGGGGAAACUACAACACAGAACUCAGUCAUCCUGUCAAGAUUACAGCGAGGGCAAGACCUAAACCAGUGGCAUCCAUAAAUCCUGAUAAUCAGGUGUUCAGUGGAGAGACCGUCACUCUGAGAUGUGACAUACAGGAUGAAAGUGUCUCUAGCUGGCAGUACAGCUGGUAUAAAGAUGCUUCACACAGUCCUGUCAGUAGUGGACAGGUGUACAGAAUCAGUGGUGUUGAAGUGACCCACACAGGUAAAUACACCUGUAGAGGAACAGAGAGAGGAGGUUCACGCUCCUCACACUCCAGUGAUGCUGUUACACUGACUGUAUCAGCAAAACCCAAACCAACUGUGAGAGUGACUCCUCAGAGCUCCGUCUACACUGGAGAUACCGUCACUCUGAGCUGUGAGCUGCAGGAGACUGGAUGGGGGUUUCACUGGUACAAAAAUAAUCAGCUGUUACAGCCUCCAACCAAAGAACAAAUGAACACACUUAAAGUGACCAUAAAUGAUGCAGGAGAAACAAAGUAUCAGUGCCGAGCACAGAGGGGAAACUACAACACAGAACUCAGUGAUCCUGUCAAGAUUAUAGCAAGGGCAAGACCUAAACCAGUGGCAUCCAUAAAUCCUGAUAAUCAGGUGUUGAGUGGAGAGACCGUCACUCUGAGAUGUGACAUACAGGAUGAAAGUGUCUCUAUCUGGCAGUACAGCUGGUAUAAAGAUGCUUCACACAGUCCUGUCAGUAGUGGACAGGUGUACAGAAUCAGUGGUGUUGAAGUGACCCACACAGGUAAAUACACCUGUAGAGGAGCAGAGAGAGGAGGUUCACGCUCCUCACACUCCAGUGAUGCUGUUACACUGACUGUAUCAGCAAAACCCAAACCGACUGUGAGAGUGAAUCCUCAGAGCUCCGUCUACACUGGAGACACCGUCACUCUGAGCUGUGAGCUGCAGCAGGAGACUGGAUGGAGGUUUUACUGGCGCAAAAGUAAUCAGUUACAGAAUCAGUACAGUGAACAAGAGAACACACUUAAAGUGACAGUCGUUAAUGCAGGAGAAACAGAGUACAAGUGUCGAGCAUUCAGGAGAAACUAUUACACAGAGUUCAGUGAUCCUGUCAAUAUUACAGUGAGAGCAAGACCUAAACCAGUGGCAUCCAUAAAUCCUGAUAAUCAGGUGUUGAGUGGAGAGACCGUCACUCUGAGAUGUGACAUACAGGAUGAAAGUGUCUCUAGCUGGCAGUACAGCUGGUAUAAAGAUGCUUCACACAGUCCUGUCAGUAGUGGACAGGUGUACAGAAUCAGUGGUGUUGAAGUGACCCACACAGGUAAAUACACCUGUAGAGGAACAGAGAGAGGAGGUUCACGCUCCUCACACUCCAGUGAUGCUGUUACACUGACUGUAUCAGAGAGACCACAGGCAGUACUGAGUGUAUCUCCACAGAGCUGGCUGACUGAAGGAGACUCAGUGACUCUAAGCUGUGAGGUUACAGACUCCUCUACAGACUGGACAUUCAGCUGGUACACAGUUGUUCCCUACAGAGACGGCUUAACUGGAAUAAAUAAUAAUGGUGGCUAUAGCGUGUAUGUGGAGCUCCUCUCAGACAGCAGCAGAGGAUCUGGAGGCAAAUACACUCUCAGUCCUGCUGCUCUUAAACACACAGGAGUUUAUAUGUGCAGAGGAGAGAGAGGAGAACCAGCCCUUCACUCACAGUACAGCAAUCCACAGCCACUAUGGAUCACUGGUGAAUCUCCUCCAGUCUCUCUGAUCAUCAAUCCCAGCAGAACUCAACACUUUACUAAAGACUCUCUCUCACUGAGCUGUGAGGACCAGAGUAACUCUACUGGAUGGACAGUGAGACGAUACACACACAGUGAGAGAGUGUUAGAUUGUUCACACUGGGGAUCAGUUACAGGAUCUACAUGUAACAUCAGCUUCCUCUCCACAUCCUACACUGGAGUUUACUGGUGUGAGUCUGAAUCUGGAGAAAACAGUAAUCCUGUCCACAGUCCAUCAGGUGUAGAAGCUCCAUUCUCAGUGCUCAUGCUGAUCUGUAGUGUGGUGACGGUCUCUCCGUAUCUGCUGGUGACCAUCAUUCUGCUGCUCAUAUGUUACAGAGCUCGAGGAAAAAACUCUUUCAGUACGUCUCGACACUUCACAUAA